ACAAAGUUUGCUACAGGUUGUUCUUAGCCCCUACAUAAGUAUGGUCGACCCGAUGUGGGAUUAUGAUUCCAGGAGUGGGCGUCGUGCGUACAUGAAGAGGCGCGUUCCUAUUAUAACGCGCCUUUUAGAUACAGGACUGCCCGUUGACUGUCGCAAUCGAGACUUGAUUCCCUUUCUCUACGUAUUGUGCUAUGAAGGCGACGAACACAGCGUUGACAAGCUGCUCGAUAUCGGGAUUGAUGUCAAUAUAGCUGAGACAUGCACAAUCUACCAGAGAGACCGGGUCGGCUCAGCACUCCAUGCAGCUAUCGCCGGCGGCCAUGCAUCAAUGGUUGAGCUACUGAUACGUCAUAACGUGAAUGUACAUUCCCAGUGUUAUUUUGAGUCACAUUGGGUUGGAAAUGUUACAGGGAGUUUCACAUCUUCGACGCUUCUCUGCAAAUUGAAGGAGGGAAGAUAUUCAUCGCACAUUGAGUUUAGGCAAAUCUGUGAGCUACUUCUCGUGGCUGGGGUGAAUGACGAUGAUAGAAACGCCUUACUGGCUGCAAGUGUCAUCCUGGGCCAGAUGGAUCUAGCCGAAAGAUUAUUGCAAGAAGGUUCUCGAGUUGAUGAAGUGCCUAUCUGUGAGGACAUACAAGUGAUCAACUUUCUAUUAAAGAAUGGAGUCAGGCUUGACUGGGUUAGAGCACAGGAAUACGCCGUCGAAAAUGGAUGCGUGGAGUUGUUGGGAUAUCUAAUAGAACAGGAGGGAAUUCGGAUGUCAACUCAUCAGCUCAUGAAGUUGCAUAUGUGGCCUUGGACAAGGGUCACUUGCCGAUGUUACGAUAUUUGCUAAUCCACUAUGAAACCAAAGGUCGGUUCAAAAAUUUGUUUUUGAAUUAGACGCAAUAGGCGGCUCGUCGAUCGGAAGGCUCUGCUAAAACGCGCUAUCAUAGCGGACAACCCCGAGGCCGUGGAGAUGAUCCUCCAAGAGAGCCCCAGUACCCAAAGCCUUAAAAUGUGUGAUUAUGCACUAGGCCAUGGAAGAAAGUUUAUAGAGAACAACUUCCUGGCCUGUCGAGUGAUCCUCGGCUACGGGAAGGACUCUCCUCGGGCGAAAAAAUGCAUCCAA